CACCUACAAAUAAAACCUAAUAAAAGCUCUCGUCUUCUUCAAGCGUUUUUGCUUUUCUUCUUCAUCCCUUGGCCGUCUAUUCAAAUUCAAAAAUACGCAAAGAAGAGGACUUUUUAUUUGUAAUUUUCAGAAAUAAUUUGCGUUUGUGUGCAGAUAUGGAUGAUGCCGUUGACACAAGUUACCGUCCAGGUCGAGAUUUUGUGGACGAUGACAGGGAACCUUUGAUUAAUCUCGACUCCACGGACUCGACUGAGCUAUGGCUCAUUCAGAUACCUCUUGAUCAGAAUCUUGAAUUGGAUGGGCAACAAGUGUGCCUUAACCUUCAGGCUGAUGGACAUAUAGGCUCCUUCGAGAGUUCAUCUGGAAAAUCGUAUGAAAUGUAUAGCAUGAAAUCCCAAGGUACAAAGGAAACAGUCUUUCUGGCUUCAGGAUCAGAGGCGAAAAUUGCUGGGAAGAUCUCCAGGCACGUUUCACUGAUUCACUACCCCGACCCUAGUGAAGUGCAAAAACCCAGUAUCUUGAACAUUAGUAUGUCUCAGAGGUCUUCCAUGACUACCUCAUCUUUGUCUGGUCGUCGUUUGGCCACUCCUAGUCGGAGUACGAAGACUAGAAACUCUCUAGGAAUGAGCGGCUAUUCAACUCCAAGUAGCAGAACCAAGAGUACAGUUACUGAAUCAGGGGAGCCUUCAAAGUCUUCAAAGAGAAAACGUGUGGAUUCAGCGCAAGAUUCAGGAAAACCCAACAGCGCUGUUACCUCUAUUGAUUCUGUGCAGCACUCUCAGGAAACAAAGUCGAAAAAGAAAAGAAAAACCGAAAGGUGAACUGCACGAUACUGAGCAGUGCGUUUGAUCAUGCCUUGAUUCGAAAUGAGAGCAUGUCUCGAAAAAAGACUUUGCAGGGCUGUUCGAAUUUAAAUUCUGUAUUCCUUUCAUCAGUUGGUAUUUGCAUCCCCUUAUGAACUUAAUGAAUUAUGUAGAAAAUUUGAAAGUUCAAUUAGUGUCACUGGAUUCUUCAUUUA